CCGAGUUGGGCUGUCCUCUGGACUCCAUAGAGGAGAUGGGUGAGAGGAAGACAUUAGCCAAGCUAACAUCCAUCAUGGACAAUCCCUCUCACUCCCUGCAUGAGACUGUGGGGUCCCUGAGCAGCUCCUUCAGCAGCAGACUGAGACACCCACCCUGCAGAAUGGAGCGCUACCGCAGGUCCUUCAUCACAUCUGCAAUCAGACUGUUUAACACCAGCACUGCAAUGUCCCAUUAAUUACCUGUGAAUGAUCUGUUAUCAUCUUUAUUUCACUACAUGGCAGUUACUGUGUGAUGUCUCUGUCUUCCCGGGUCACUGUUUAUGAUUCACACUGACAAACUGUUGUGUCCAUCUCACAUCUGAAUCGCACUGAUUUCUCAUACUGUGUAUGUUUUUUAAUAACCUGGUGCAAUUUUAUCUGUGCAAUAACUUACACCACUAUCUAUUCAUCAGAUAGAAGUGUACAUAGUGUGUAAUAAAUCUGUAAUAUUUGCCAUAUUUUAUUUUAUCAUUACUAUUAUUAUUGUUAUUAUAUUUUAACUAUGUAAGUACAUUGUGGUAUCCCCCUGUCCCAUGUUGUAAGCUGCUGUAACAAAAGAAUGUCCCCCAAUGGGAGAUCAAAUAAAUCUUAUCUUCGACGGUACCUGAAGGCAACACAACAGCUUCAAUGUGGAAUAGGGUGCGCGCGAGAGAGAGGAGAGGGGUGGGUGUGACGUCAUGGCGGCACGGUGCCCCGUCCAUGUUUGGAGGAGAACUUUGUAUAGCUUCGACAAACUCUACACAGCAGUGCUUUGAGGAACAACCAGAGCGAAGAAGUAGAGGGGGGUGUACUUUCAUUUACUUUCUGAGGCUUGUAAUAUCAGCGUGGCAUCAUUAAGUGAAGGUGUCCUCACUUCAUUGAUCAUAAUUAUUGAGUUUACGUGUAAAAAUUGGACUAAAAUCAGCUUCUGGAUUAAUGUCUCUCGACCGUUUACAUUAACGGAUCAUGUCAUAACGGCUCACCGGCUCAGGUUCCCUUCGGAUGGUCGGCUGCUUUUACUCUCAGUUCCUCUGCUCUUCAUCAAUGGAGUGAGCUUUCUACGAAAAUUCACGCAUCCUCCGCCGGGUGGUCUCGUAUGAACCGUGUCGAGGCAGCGACGAGGGGUCGUCGGGGGCUCCGCCAGCAGAGCCGGGCUUCAGGAUGAGGAUGCCCAGAGGAGGACGCCUGUUCCUGGCGACGUGCCUCGGCUCGCUCUUCGUCCUGGUGCUCUACUUCCAGAGCAUCAUCAAGCCAGAACCUGGUGUGAAGACGGGCAACAGACCGGGGAAGAUCAGGAGGAGUCCACUGCAGGCCCUCUACAAUGGAGACCAGCAGCUGGACCUGUUGGCAGCUCAGAGGUCCCUCCAGGGCCGCAGGGAGCUGCUGGAGCAGGCGUGUCUGAGCCACACCAGGAAGCGGCAGGUGCUCUCGGCUGAGGAUCUCAAACACCUCAUUGUGGAUGAUAAGCACAGCCUCAUUUACUGCUACGUGCCCAAGGUCGCCUGCACUAACUGGAAGCGGGUCUUCAUGGUCCUCACCAGUGACGGCCGCUACACAGACCCUCUUGCCAUCCCUGCGAACGAGGCUCACGUGGCGGGUAAUCUCCGCACACUCUCCGAGUUCUCCGUCGCCGAGAUAAACCAUCGCCUCCGCAGCUACCUCAAGUUCAUCUUUGUGCGUGAGCCCUUCGAGCGCCUCGUGUCCGCCUACCGGAACAAGUUCACCCGCAGCUACAACACCGCUUUCCACAAACGCUACGGCACCAAGAUCAUCCGGCGGCAUCGGCCCGACCCGGAGCCAGAAGCGCUGGAGAAAGGGAACGACGUGUCUUUCCGGGAGUUCGUGCAGUACCUCGUGGACCCACGGACGCAACGGGAGGAGCCCUUUAACGAGCACUGGGAGCGGGUGCACUCCCUCUGCCACCCCUGUUUGAUCCACUACGACGUGGUGGGGAAGUACGAGACUCUGGAGCCGGAUUCUCAGGCUGUGCUCAGGUUGGCUGGAGUGGAGGGGAUGCUGCAGUUUCCAACAUCUGGUAAGAGCACCAGGACUGAUGGAAACAUGGCAGCACGCUUCUUUAAGCACAUCAGCCCGUUCUACCAGAAGAAACUGUUCAACGCGUACCGGAUGGACUUCCUGCUCUUCAACUACUCCACACCGGAGUACCUCAGGACUCGAUGAUGGGCGGGGAACAGGUCUCUUAACUCAGCCGCUUCACACUCUGGUCUUUAGUGAGGAUGUUUUUUGCACUUUGUGGUGACCAGAGACUUUUACAGCUUUGAUCACAGACCGGCUCGUCACCAGCACUCCUCACUGACUCUCCAACAGAACUGGCUCAGUGAGGAGGACUUGAAUUAAUCGAGAGGGACUGUCUGAAGAGAACCAGAUACCUCUCUGGGAGGAAAAGACGGUUUGUGUUGUAUUUCAUCACAAGUCUGUUCAUCCAAUUUCAAGUGAAAGUGGUUUUGACGUCUGACAGAACAAAGUGCAGACAGGGUUGUCUCUGAAACGUGUUCUCCCUGUCUCUCAGGCUGUAGCUUCAAUUUAAAGUGAGAACUUUUAUUCAUUCAUUUUACCAACAAAUGACUUUCUACGUUUAAACAAACCUUUUUUGAUUUUCACGUCAGUUCCACGUGGCGAUGGAGUCAGUGUAAUCCGCCCUGCCAGCAUCCCCGCGGUGCCCACUACAGUAAAGUUAUCCCUUGCCUUGCUUUUUCUGAGAGCUAAUGAGCCAUAAAUGAAAGGCACCCUUCAGAGGAGCAGGUUCUCCUCUUGCCUUCGUGUGCAGGUGAAAGAGCUGACACUGCAGACUCUUUUAGGGCACCUGGGGGACAAAAACUCUGGAGUGAAUUUAUUUAUGUUUGCCUGCGAGUAUUUAUAUUUAUGGUGAGAAUAAAGACUUUGUGAGAAUGAUUUUUUAAAAGAAUUUAAGGAGGAUAAAUUUCUUAUUUGCUGCCUCGGCCUUUGCACCACAACAAACAGAUAACUCUCAUCACAUCCUUCUCUUCUCUCAGUUCAAACGUGUCGUAUGUGCCACAGCAGUCACCUCAUUUCCAGGGAAACUUGCAGUCACGUCUUAAUUCCAGUAAAGCAUGUUGCCAUCCCUCCUCUAUCGCUGUCUGUAUUUAGCUGUGGGCAGGUAGGCUGAACAAACAACCACAUAGCUGUGGUCAGGGCUGGGUCCAGCCUGGAGCUGCCCCUGCUCAGAGCUCCCCUUGUUAGAAUGAAUGAAGGGAACAUGAGGGGUUAAUCAGCCUACACUCAUCUCCACUGCAGGGCCUUGUUCAGCCCAUUUGAACUGAAUUUAUGGUAAAUAAUUCAGAGGAAAAUACGUAUAAAUGACCUGGAUGACCAAAUAUCAUUUUUAGAAAACGUCUUUUUACAGUUUGAGCUUUUAAACGGAGUCUCCGUCGAUUCUACAGACAUGCUCUGUUUACAUGUCUGAGUCACAUAAAAAGUUUAAUUAAGUUUCCCUGAAAUAAAACAGUUAAAAUGUUUCAGUUUGGCCUGAAUGUAAUCUGGAAACAUCAAAUAAUGAUCAGUGACUCAUCCUGUGUAGGUGGGUGUUUAUAAAUUAGGGGUCCAAUAAAAAGCGGUCUCUUAUGAACUCGGUUAGAGCUUUGGGUCAUCACCAUGUUCGUGUUCUAACAUCAGUGGCCUGUUGCACCAGCUCUGCAUAAGUUGAGUCCUAAGUUAGGGUGUAAAGUCGUCACUAAAUCACACGUUGAAACGAGUUAGUUCGUAACUUAAGUUGUGUCAUUGUUCGGUUUCACCACGGAGACGUAACGUUCAUCUUAACUCAUCGACUGUAACGUCCAAACUAAUCAAAAUAUUGUUGAAGAUAUGGCGUGUUCAAUCGGUUUGGCCAAUCAAUGAACAGCUUUUUUAUUCGUACUGGGGUGUUUGUUUAAGUGCUAACUCCCAUUAGCUUCAUUGCAUCUAAACAAGCUAACGGCUAAUCACAACUGCUGUAACUCCCGUUAAUCGACAAACAGCAACAUAAAGGUGAAUGAAAUAUGACAAAGCAUGUUGAUAAUUAAUCUAUAGUGUAAAAUAACAACAGUGACAUCUAGUGGUGAAAUCUUAAACUACAACAUUCUGUAUGUCAGUAUAAUGGUACUCAUGGUGUUGUGCAGAUGUAGGAUUAUUAUCUCCACUCGCCUGAAACAAAGUGCGAAUUAAGAUCAGAGUCAUCACAAUUAUUAUUCGUGUAAUCUAUCGCUCAGAGCUUGUUGUUCACACAUCACUGCUUCUUCUCAUCCGUCAACUAAUCCUGUCUUUGAAAACAGAGCGCCAUGACAACGGUCUUUUACGUAGUAUUUUGCACCGACUCAGAGCUAGGUGUAAAAUUUAAGAUAUGUAACUUAUGCUAACGUUGGAACAAUCUUAGCUGGUGCAUCGCUCUAACGUUAGCAGUAUAAACUCCAUCCUUAAUUAGAAAUUAAGUUCAAACCAGGCUACGUUUGAACUUACGCACAGCUGGUGUGACCCAGUGCUGAACUGUUGGUGUUAUUUGUGAGCUUCUUCGAAAAAAUGUAUAGACCAGACUCCAGACAGCUGGACUCGCUCAGAUGAGGCUGAAGUCUACGAUAACCUAGUGAAGUGGUCAUAGAUACAAGAGAGUCCUCUCUUAAAGGUACAGUGUGCAGUAAUUAGCAGCAUUUAACAGAUCAGACUUUGUAGAAAUGGAAUAGACUAUUCAUUAGUAUGUUUAGAUUAGCACCACCAUGUUUCUACAGUGUCCCAGAACGGAAAAAUUAGAGACCUAUGCGUGUUUGUAUUCAGUGACUGGAAGUGUGAAAUGCACCGGCUGGAGGACAAAGACGAAGAAGACAGUGUUUUUGUCGCUUCACUGACAGGUCUAGAUAUAGCUAAAUAUUCCCAUUUCUACACACUGUACCUUUAAAGCUUGAAGCUGAUCAUUUAAGGCAACAUUGGAUUCUAUUAGCAAACUUAAACAGUUAACACGCCUUCUUUUACUCUCCUCUCAUCAGAGCCUGCUGCUUGAAUCUCAGACCAAACUAAAGGUGGUUGAGUUUCUGCAUGAAGGCGGAGUAACACAUGGAUUAAGAGGAACUUGUGGUGAUGUUUUAGGACACUGAGUCUGUUAUAUCCUGAAGGUAGGUGUGUAUAAAAGUGGACAAUGCAUCCAUUCAGCAUCAUCACUUCUCAGUGAUUCCCUCUAGUCUUCAUUCAACAAUCGACUUCUGUAUUUAUCUGGUAGUCUCGCCCCACAUUUAGAACAUCCUGAGGCUCCUCUGUUCAUCAUCAAGACAGAUCUCACACGGAUGAACCGGAGACUCGAUCAUUGAAGUUCUUCUUGACAUUUCUCGUUAUCAUCUGCAAAUAUCAAAGUCAUCACCCCGUUCAUUAAAGACAUGUCAGGGUAUCAGGCUCCGCUCUGGAUGCCUGCAGAUGUGUGUGGGUGCAUGUUAAGACAAGCUGGCAUUGAACCUGCAGAAGUAUGUUUAGUUUUAUCUCUCCAUCUUCCAUGUCUUUUGUGAAUUAUCUCAUUUAGCUGAUGAAUAUUGUCUGACAGGCCCAGACAAGCCAGCUCUGGAAACUCUGCUUUUUGUCUGUCAUGCUUUGAAAAGUGCAAUAUCUAUGUGUGAGGAUCUGUAAUGUGUCGAAGGCUGUAUCUUUAUAUGUGACUUCCCCUUUUCGUGUGUCAUCUCGUUGCUCCUGCCACAUUGUAUUCCUCUCUCUGCUGGGCUGGGAUUGCAGCCGUGGAUUACAGGGUUUGAUUUUAAUGCUCCCCUGUGCAGAAGUAUGUGAUCUAAACCAUUAUUUGCAAGAAGACGUGACUUCCCAAAAAGCCAAUCAUACCCUUCAUGUUAUUUAUCCGUACUGGCUCAAUGACACGCUGCACAAAAUACACGUUUGUACCUUUUCAUUUCCUUUUUUUGACCCUGAAAAUACCGAAACAAACAACAAGCAGCUUCUUCUUUCAGACUGCAUGACUCACUCAGACGCUGCUGUGUACGGACACAGUACAGACAUUAGAGUAGAAAUGUUACCUGUGAGUCAUGUGACAAAGUGAAGAGCACAUUCUGACAGAAUCUCUCAUGCACCAGUUUAACUGUGCCACCAAACUGUGAAUGUGUUAAAAACUGAAGUGCACUUGCUGAUGUGAUGAUUGAUGUGCUGGUAACCUUGUCACCAAAUACAGUUCUUUAAAAGCAGCACUCUGUUUGUGUUGUAUUUUUUGUUUUUUAAUAAAAAUCUCAAAGACCUUC